CUUAACCUAAUUUCCAUAAUCAGUAAAAUUAUUCUUCAUUUGUUUACGAUUACGAAAUCGCCUAUGAUUUCUAUUAUUCCUUAGCUUUUAUCCGCCCCCCUUCAUUUCUAACGUAAAGAAACUUUACUCUCCUCUGUUAGUUUCUUUCAAACCAUCGCAUGACAUCAUGCACUUUUACUUUCUGUCAACUGAACACCCGCUUUUCGUCGCCACCUAUUCCUCAAGUAUUUUUUGAUCACUUCUUUUCGGUAUUAUUUUCUUCCUCAGUGAGACAGUAAUUUCUUCGUUUUUUUUAAUCAUUAAGGUUUUUGUCACCGUCUUUUACUCUAAUUUUUUCCAUCAAAGUUCAAGAAUACACUCGGAGAGAUUCAAGAUGAAAACCACAAUAUCCAACGAGCUACCGUCAAGUAGUUUUCCAAAAAUCACUCUCAAAUCUUCUGCAACAUCUUUAACAAGUGCCAUAAUUCAAUUUACAGACUGUCUCAUUCUCAGAAAUCACCAAAUAGUCAAAGCAGACCUUGUAGUUCAAAAUGGAAAAAUUCUGGAUCCCCAAAAAUUAUUCUUCAAUUCCAAGAGGAAGGCUGACAUUGUCAUCUCUUGCAAUGAUGCAAUUAUCGCUCCUGGAUUCAUUGAUCUCCAAAUUAAUGGUGGAUUUGGUGUCGAUUUUGCACAUGAUACUGAGUCUACCGAAGAAUGUGUCAGGAAAGUAGCUAAAGGCAUUCUUGCGCAUGGUGUUACAGCAUUUUGCCCGACUCUGGUAACAUCUCCUCCUUCCGUUUAUCACAAGGUAUUACCGAAAUUAUCGUUUCGUGCAGGUGACUCGGAGGGCGCCACGGUUUUGGGAGCUCACAUCGAGGGUCCGUUUAUCAACAUCAAGAAGAAAGGGGCGCAUGCUGACGAACACAUCACUGAAUUCUAUGAGGGAUUCGAAUCCGUCAAAAAAAUGUACGGCAGUCUAGAGAAUGUACGAAUCGUCACUUUGGCUCCAGAACUCGAGAAUUCCGGAUCAGUGAUAGAAAAAUUUGUCUUGGAAAAGAUUGUUGUAUCUCUUGGACAUUCCAUGGCAGACUAUGAAAUCGGAGAGUUAGCUAUGAAAAGAGGGGCAACCCUUAUAACGCAUUUAUUCAAUGCAAUGCAACCAUUCCAUCACAGAGAUCCCGGUUUAGUCGGCUUGCUAAAAGCAGGGAGGCCCAUUUUUUAUGGUAUCAUAUCGGAUGGUGUUCAUACUCACCCAUCAGCUCUGAGAAUCGCUCACUGUACUCAUCCAGAAGGAUUAGUUUUGGUGACGGAUGCAGUUUCUGCAAUGGGACUGGAAGAAGGCGAACAUCAUAUCGGUGAAAAAUGCAUUGCAAUUAAAGGCAAAGAAGCAACAAUUGCUGGUACAAACACGCUCUGCGGAAGUAUAGCAACCAUGGACGAAUGCGUUAGAUUUUUCAAAGAAGCCACAGGUUGUUCAUUGGAAGAAGCCCUGGAGGCUGCUACACUGCAUCCAGCUCAAGUGUUAGGAAUCGAUAAAACCAAAGGCACCCUUAACUUUGGUGCGGAUGCGGAUUUCAUCAUCUUACAUCCGAAGAGUUUGCAGAUUCAUUCAACGUGGAUUGACGGCCGUCUUGUUCACAGCAAUCCAGAGGUAUCACUGUAGGAGGGAAAUACGCAAGACCCCUACUAACAGUAUUCCGGCUUCUAUGAAUAGCUAUACUUCGUAAGGGAUGGGGACAUUCAGAAUGGCAUGGUCACCAAGAUUUAGAAGUUAAGUAAAACAUUUGCUCUGAAUUUACAUGGAUUUCUGAAAAAGGAAACUCCCAAAUUUUCCUCUUUCAUCGAAUAUUUGGCAACAAGUAUAAAGUAUCGUUGCUGUCUGCAAAUCGAAAUAUUUUUCAGCAUAUUAUGACUCAGAUUUGAGCUCUUCCACAGAACUGGUAAAAUACCGAAAUUCUCCAAUGAGCCAGUGGCACGCAAAGAAAAAGCCUUUUUACUUUCUCGCUCCCCUAGUUUCUUAAAGUGAGGGUGAACUGAGCUUGUAGGAAUUUUUUAGGAUUUCUUAAACCCUGAAUAUAUGGCGAAGAAACCCCGUUUUGGAAAUGCCAAAAGUGGGACCUGGUUGAAACGAUGUUUUUUGCAGGCACAGAUGACGUAGCCAGACGGGGGAAAGGGCGUUUGCUGAUUGGCUGAAGUCUGAUUCAGGCCUUGCCUUGCUAUGUCAACUUGACUGUUGGCCUUUGAUUUGCUUUUUCUCCUCUCAGUUAUGUUUUUUUUUUUAAAUUUUUUUUUACUUAAAACUUUGUAAAUUAAAUAUUUGAGUCAAACACUGUGAAUAUUUCUUGCCACUACCCCAGCAAUCAGGAAAGCUCAUAAGCUUUCCGAGUUUGCCUGAAAAUUUAGGAAAAGUCCUAAUCGAAAAAGUUGGGAGAUUUCACUACAAAAAAUUUGAAAUUAGGAAAAUUUUGCGUUGCUUUAAAAACCAUGAGCUCUUUAACAUUUUUCCCAAAAAAUUUGGGAAAAAAGGGAACGGUGAAUUUUGCAACACAUUUGUUAUAAACCUUCCUCAGUGCCUAAUCGCCCCAUUUCUUGACAGACAAUGUAAUAGACUCUAGUAAAAAAUUGCAUAGUCAUGAAUUUGAUUCUAAGCUACGACAUGUUUACUCUUACUCAAUGUAUGGAGCUGAUUGGAAAAACUUAGCCUUGGAAACGUGAGACUGACAUUUCAGCUAUAGUUAUUUACAAUGUUUGGAAUUAAAAUGCAAUCUUAAGAUUAUUUCAAAUCACCUGGUAAUUAAUAUUUUUUUAAAAAGAAAUAAGUCGCUUUCUUUUUUUGAAAAUGUAAAUCAAUCUGAUUGGCAUUGAGGGUUAAAUUAAUGCAUUUAAGCUGGAACUAUUCCUAUAGAUUUUUACAGGGAAUUUACAUGUUUUUUCAAAGUCAUCUACGAUUUUCACCUUGCUACAUUUUAUUCACUUUUUAUACGUUCCAUGUUUCUAAAAUAAAAUUGAUGAAUUAUUUUCCUGUGUUUUUGCCAAAAGAAAUCAAUGGCAGGGAAACAUCUGUAAAAGUAUCUAUCUGCGCAAUAAAGACAAAAUUGCAGUUUAGUCAGUUUUAAAGUUCAACAUGUAGAUAAAAAUAGACGCACAGGAAGUAACUUAUUCUACCUGGCUGAAUACUUUUUUCUACUUCCAGCUUGUUUUUUAUCGUUUUAAUUGUAAAGACUUUUUAUGUAUCCAUGUUAAUUAUUUUGUUAUUAAAUAUUACUUAAACUAACACUCAUAA